AUGGAGAUCGCAGUGGGGGUGCAUCCGAAGCACCAGUACUCGCAGGAUCAGUUCAAGCGCGUUGUCCAGGAGCUGUGUCAACUCAUCAAGUUGCCUCAUGUCGGAGCAGUCGGCGAGAUUGGGUUGGACCAUUCCGUCCCUAGGGAGCGGUGGGCUCAGCAGUCAGUUAUGCUGAAGAAGAUUCUGCUACUGGUGGAACCCAGGCAUGUCUUGGUAAUACACUUUAGAGGAAUCACCGGAGACAGUGGAGCGGAAGCCUAUCUACUUCUGCUCUAUUAUGUGAAGAAGGCUGUGCGUCCUGACCAGAGGAUAAAUCUCCACUGUUUUAGUGGGGAUUCUUACGUCCGUGACCAGUGGACCAGUGCCUUCUCACAGCUGUACUUUGGAUUCACCAGUAUGGCUGCUAAGUUCAACAACCAGCAGUCCAAAGCCAUAAGGGGGAAUCCACUCUGA